AUGGCUUUGGUUACAUAUUCAGACUCAGAAGGCGACUCUGAUACCGAGACAAAACCCGUUGAGCAGCCUAAAGCGCCCCGCCAGGCUCCAAGCUCAAGCUCCAAACCCGCGUUCAAGCCGCUGGUUGACCGUGGCAACCCCAGAAAAAUCCUUGUGAACCUCUCGGAAGCCAAACCCAGCGACGGAACGGAUUCAGGGCAGGAUAAGGAAGAUGGCCCUGCGAGGAAACGGCUUCGUACUGAAGGAGGUGGGCUAUUCUCCGGAUUUAACGACAUGCUCCCUGCACCAAAAAGAUCCGCGCAGAAACCAGUCGAUAAGUCACAGGCCGCGGUCAAGAAAUCAAUGCCUUUUACUUUGAAGACAAGUGCAGAGCCUGGUUUUGACCGCAGCGAGAGAUCGGAUAGCUUCAAUAUGUCUUAUGAUGAGUUCGGCAAACCGUCCAGCAGCCAGGAUACUGCACAAACUCCAUCGGAAGAGGCCUCUCGAACGCCCAUGCCAGAGCCGGUGUUUGAGAAAAAAGGGAACGCGAUGAUGUUUAAACCGCUAUCCGUGGCUAGAAAUAAACCAAAAAGGAAGACGACGGCAGCCGCGCAGCCUGUUUCGACUCCGAAAGCACGGGCUGAAAACCCUCAGCCUCCCGUACAGCCAGAAGCAAGACCAGAAACGAAACAAAAAGUGAGCCUCUUUGGGCUUUCCAGUGGCACCGAAAGCAACCCAUCAACCGACAUCACUGCUCAAGAUGGACCAUACGAAUCUAUACUUUAUUCAACGUCGUCAGAGCCAUUAGGGGCACCCGAAACUGAAGUGCCAGAUGAUUCAACAGUCACAACGACCGCAGCUUACAACAAUUCACCCGCACCUGCGGCCUCCAGUGGGCCACAAGAUCUAGCCAGUGUUGCUAGUGAUCUCAACCUUUCGAAAUCGCAGAUGCGACAGCUGCUAGGACGUGAUCUAAAAGGUGCUUCUAGUAAAGUCAUUAACUUCAACACGGAUGAAGAGUACAAGUCCAACUCUGCCUAUCUGGCCAACACAUCCGAAGCCGAGCUCGCUGCUCAACAACAUAGACCUGUUAGGACUGUUGCACCUGGAAAGCACAGCCUGCACCAGCUCGUCAAUGCAGUGGCCAGCCAGGGCGAUGCACUGGAGGAGAGCUUUGCUACCGGGAAGCGGAACAAGAAAGAGGCGAGCGCAAAACCAUGCUACGUCGCUGAUCCCCGCUCGCAGAGCAGAUGCAAGAUGCCGCGGGAUCGAGCUGCGUAUCGAAAUGUCCGCCUUUAUGACGCCUCCACUGGCGCCCUCAUUGGAGGUUUUUAUCAGAAUGGCGCAAUUACUGAGGAAAAUCUCAUCUGGAUUCUGAGAAACGUGCUUUUAGCCACGCAGGAUGCAAAUACGUGGACUAUUCAGCAAAAAACCUCUGGAGAAACCGUUACACCUUCCAGCGAGCCAGUGAGGCCUGGAGACUAUGACAUCCAUUCAACAGGACCGAUCCAGGUAACCGGUGAGCCGUGGUUUGCCAGGAUCGCUAGCCACUCCGUCUCCGGCGGGGAGGACCAGUUCCGCGAUGGUGUUCGUGCUCGAGACGGCCGGUGCGUGAUAUCUGGGCGGAUCAAUCGCGGGGCGGAGUGGGACGACUGGGCAGGACUAGAGUCUGCCCAUGUGUUCCCCCUGGAGAAGGAGAGUCUCUGGGUGCAGCUAGGCUACGGGCGUUGGAUCACCAACAUGGACGAUGCUUCGGCAGAGCAUAAAAUCAAAUCUGUUCAGAAUGGACUUCUCAUGUCGGCGCAUUUUCACACGCGCUUUGAUCAAUAUUUGUUCUCAAUAAACCCAGAUGAUGGCUAUAAAAUUGUCGAGUUCGCAUUGGACAGCUGGGGGAUUGAUGGCCGGACGUUGGAUCCCGUUUGCCGUCAUCCAGCCACUACAGAUCGUGUAUCAGAUGAGCUGCUCCGCUGGCACUUCCGACAGGCCGUCCUUGCCAAUAUGCGCGGGGCGGGAGAGCCUAUUUUUGAAUCCGACUUCCCUCCUGGAUCCGAUAUGAUGGCAACAUUGCGCGAUGAGCUGUAUGGCAAGGAGAGAUUCGAGAUGGAGCUUGAGUCAAGACUACGACCUGGAACCACAAACAGCUAG